AUGUCUGCCUUCGAAGAGCUCGGUGUGUGUCCAGAGAUCAUCAAGGCGAUCGAGGAAGAUGAGUGGCUCUUGCCGACGCCCGUGCAGGCGGACGCCAUCCCCUUGAUUCUAGGCGGAGGCGACGUCUGUGCUGCAGCAGAGACCGGCAGCGGAAAGACUGGCGCCUUCGGCCUUCCCGCGCUGCAAGUCGUCCACGAGGCUCUGCGUGCGACUGCUCAAGCCAAGGCUGCGUCGAAAAACUCGAGUAAAAAUGCGCAGGGCUGCGUACUCGACGAGGCCGCGCGAGAUCUGCAGGUCUGCCUCGGCGAAGGCGCGACGCGCUGCAGCUGCGCAGAUUCGCGCGGAUGGCGGGGCGUCCGCGGAACAGCGGCCGUGCUCAGCGGCAAGUAUAUGUACGAAGUCGAGAUCGUCGGACCUGGCUUGGUGCGCGCGGGCUGGGCGAGCCGCCUGGGCAGCUACGAGAUCGGCAAAGACGACAAAUCCUUCGGCUUUGGGGGCACGGGCAAAAAGAGUUGGAAUGCGCGCUUCGAGGACUACGGGACUCAGUUCGGGCAGGGCGACGUUGUGGGGUGUCUCCUCGACCGCAGCGAGCCGGGGCGAGGGACAGUCUCAUUCGCGGUCAACGGCCGCUUUUUGGGCGAGGCCUUUGUGCUGCCGCGAGAGCUGCAGAACUCAGCACUCCUUCCAGCGGUCUGCGGGAAGAACUUUGAUGUGCGCUGCCGCUUCGGCGAGCUGGAGUUUCCUUUCGAGGGCUUUGCGCCUGUGGAGACGAUAUCCGGCGCGGACGACGCGCGGAGUCUGUCGGCCGCGGGGGUCGGCUCAAAAGAGAAAGGCGGCGUCCAGUGUCUGAUCCUCGAGCCGACGCGCGACCUCGCGAUGCAGACCUACAAGUGCCUAGAGCGAUUCGGGAGGUACCUGGAGGCGCCGGCAAUUCAAGUCGCGCUCUGCUGCGGCGGCGGAGACGACCGAGAGCAGCGCGAGCAGCUGUCGCGAGGAUGCCACAUCGUUGUGGGCACUUUGCAGAAGGUGAAGGAUUUGGUGCAGCGCGGCAUGCUGUCGUUGAAGGCCCUCAAGUUUCUGAUUCUCGACGAAGCUGACGAGCUCGUCAAGUUCGACGCGCUCGCCGACAUCGUCAAACUGAAGCGCGCGGCGACCGCGGCGGGAGGAGGCUUCUCUCCGCGCGUCCAGGUCCUCUUCUUCUCCGCGACGCUGCACACGGAGGAAGUCCGUCGCGCCAUCGAGACGCUCACAGACAAGCCCUCCUGGGUCGACUUGAAGGGCAAAGCGACGAUUCCAGACACGGUGCAUGCCGUCGUGUGCCCAGUCAUCCCGGAAGAUGAAAUUCGCUUCAAAAGCCCGAGUCUCGGCCGCCUGGAGCCGCACACAGACGGCGUCCACGGUCCUGCCGCGUCGCUCGCGCGCCAGAGUCGCGCGUUUGCCUCGCAGCGCGCGAAGGAGAUAAAACCUCACCUUGUGGCGGCGCUGGCAGACGCCUUCAAGAUGGAGGCCUGUCUAGUCUUCUGCAGAACAAACCUCGACUGCGACAACCUGGAGCAGUUCCUAACGGCGCUCGGCGGCGGGCGGAGGUUCGCAGGCAAGGCCGAGUCUGGAAAGGAGAAUCCCUAUUCAUGCGUCGUGCUCGCCGGCAUGCGGAGUCAAGAAGAACGAAACAAAAACCUCGCGCACUUCAAGGCGGGCGACGUUCGCUUCCUCAUCUGCACCGACGUGGCCGCGCGCGGCAUUGACAUUCACGAACUGCCUUUCCUCAUCAUGACUACGCUGCCCGACGACCCCGAUCUCUUCUUCCACCGCGUCGGGCGCGUGGGACGAGCUGACCGCAUGGGACUGGCCGUUUGCCUCGCCUCCACGGCGCAGGAACAAGUCUGGUAUCACCGAUGCCCGAACCGCGGGCGAGGAUGCCACAACACGCGUCUGAUUACGGAGGGCGGAUGCACGAUCUGGUACGAUGAACCAGCGUGUCUCAAAGCUAUCGAAGAACGCGUCGGUGCAGGGCUGCCCCGGAUGGAUCCCGCGAACUUCUGCGCCCCAGGCAUCGCCGACCCCCUGGGCAUCCUCAGGGACUCACCAGACGACAAUAUUCGGCGCCGCAAAGCGACGGGAGGAGUCGCGUCGGAUUCGGCGGGCGCCUCCGCGGCCGCGGCCGCGAGCAGCGCCGUGAUUUACGGCAAGGCGCGGAACGACCAGAAUCUCCUCUCCACGUUGAAGCAUCUUCAGGAGAUCGCGGGCGCAGUGACCGAGCUGGCGAAGUUGGAGAGCGCAAUUCAGCGCGAGUUCGUCACGCUCGCCGCGCGCGGUAUUUGA